CCUCUCUCUCUCUCUCUCUCUCUCUCUCUCUCUCUCACUCCCUCUCUCGACUAUCGUCUAUGUUGCUUAUCCCUGCCUUUCUCCUUAACGGAUACCUCACUCCACCCGCUACCGUAUGGGCUUGAGUUGCUACGACUACCCACAGGCAAAGCGGAUUGCCGCUUUGAUUGCGCGCAUUUUUGGUGAAAUCUACCACAUCGUUUGUGGUGGGAUAUUUUUUUUUGCAGUAAGAAAGAGUGGUAUCCGCGUCUUUCCACCGCAAGCUGUUUUUCUCUGGCUUCUAUUUCCGUUCCUUGGUAAUAAAUGUAUUCCGGAAUAUGGGACAUCGUGUUAUUGGCGCAUGAGUGACACGGCCAGUUUUCAUACAAUACUGAUGUUUUAAAAGUCGCGGUGGAAAAGGGGGGUUAACGUUGGACACAGUCGGAAGGAAGAACCUUGGGGGGGAAGAUGGAAGUUUUGGCUGCUCGUUUGGGCAAAUGAGGCUGCUGGUGGCGGGGGAAAUGCGUCGCGAGCUCUGAACAUUUGGGAGUCACGAGCGAGUCAUCCACUGGACCUUCGGUUUACACGAAAACGCCACCGAGGAAAGAGUCUCAUUCCCCCCGUCUGCCUGACGACCGGUUUCGCGGGCUAUACUUGAAAUACCGUCCCAGUCACUCCAUUUGGGGCUCGGAUGCGUCGGCGUGCGGAUGCAGUUGCUCUGCGGCUCGGAUAAAGCCACCUCUCAUCGCUCAGACAGGCUUUAAUGUCAGGGGGGGCUUCAACAGGGUUCUGUUUAAACAAGCAACUCGGAAUUUCUAUCCGGCUUUUAUUUUUCCUCUAAACGUCUACAAUUUGCGUCGAGCUUUCCCCCAGAAGAGACAUCCCCCCAAAGAAUACACCUUGAACACCACGUCGGCUGGAUCGAGAGGAGACAACCGUCCUCGGGAUUUAAAACUAUUUGCCCUCACCGAGGGAGCUUUGGUUUUUCUUGCACCAUUCAGGGGACCACUAUAGCCUCGGCACCAUGAAACUUGUGUCGGCUGUGUUGCUUUUUGCCUCGAUAUGGACUCAAGAGUGUGAGCCAGUGCUCUCGGAUUCAAUCAUCCACAUCGGAGCCAUCUUUGAUGAGUCAGCCCGUAAGGAUGACGAGGUGUUCCGCAUGGCGGUGGCCGACCUCAACCUUAACAACGAGAUCCUGGAGACGGAGAAGAUCACCAUCUCGGUGGAGUUUGUGGACGGGAACAACCCCUUCCAGGCUGUGCAAGAAGCCUGUGAGCUGAUGAACCGGGGCAUCCUGGCGCUGGUCAGCUCCAUCGGCUGCAUGUCGGCGGGCAGCCUCCAGACCCUGGCUGACGCCAUGCACAUCCCCCACCUCUUCAUCCAGAAGUCCCCGGCGGGCUCGCCCCGCUCCGCCUGCCCCCCCACCGGCCGCGUGCCCGGCACCGAAGACUACACGCUGAUGGUACGGCCUCAGGUCUACCUCAACGAGGUCAUCAUGCAGGUGGUGUCCGAGUACGGCUGGCAGAAGUUUGUCCUCUUCUACGACUCCAACUUUGAUAUCCGGGGUAUCGAGGACUUCCUGGACCGCACGUCCCAGCAGGGGCUGGACGUGUCCCUGCAGAAGGUGGAGGCCAACAUCAACAUGAUGAUCACCAGCCUGUUCAGGACCAUGCGGACGGAGGAGCUCCAUCGCUACCGCGACACCCUGCGCCGUGCCGUGCUCUUCAUGAGCCCCGCCACCGCCAAGGCCUUCAUCACCGAGGUGGUGGAGACCAACCUGGUGGCCUUUGACUGUCAUUGGAUCCUAAUUAACGAGGAGAUCUCUGACUACGACCUGCAAGACCUGGUGAUGAAGUCCAUCGGUCGGCUGACGGUGAUCCGGCAGACGUUCCCCAUGCCCCCCAACGCCACCCAGCGCUGCGUCAAACACAACCACCGCAUCAACGGGGCGCUCUGCGACCCCAAGAACGCCAAGUCCCAGCAGCUAGAGAUCACAAACCGCUACAUCUAUGAUUCAGUGCUGCUACUUGCCAACACCUUCCACAAGAAGUUGGAAGACAGGAAGUGGCACAGCAUGGCCAGUCUCAGCUGUAUCAGAAAGACAUCCAAACCCUGGCAGGGAGGAAAGAGCAUGCUGGACACUGUUAAAAAGUUUGGCGUGAGCGGUCUAACCAGCUUCCUGGAGUUCACCGACAACGGAACCAACCCCAACAUCUUCUUCGAAAUCCUGGGGACCAACUAUGGAGAGGACAGGGGCCGAGGCGUCAGCAGGCUGGCGACAUGGGACCCGGUUCACGGUCUGAACGGAACGCUGUCGGACAGGAAGCUGGAGAACAACAUGCGGGGAGUGGUGCUGCGCGUUGUCACGGUGCUGGAGGAGCCAUUUGUGAUGGUGUCAGAGAAUGUUUUGGGGAAACCAAAGAAGUACCAGGGGUUUUCCAUCGAUGUUCUGGACGCACUUGCCAACUACCUGGGGUUCAAAUACGAGAUUUUCGUGGCUCCGGACCACAAGUAUGGCAGCCUCCAGCCUGACGGCAUGUGGAACGGCCUGAUGGGUGAACUGGUCUUUAAGCGAGCCGACGUGGGCCUGUCGGCGGUCACCAUCACCCCUGAGCGCGAGGGCGCGGUGGACUUCACCACGCGCUAUAUGGACUACUCGGUGGGGGUGCUGCUGCGCAAGGCGGAGCGCACCGUGGACAUGUUCGCCUGCCUGGCGCCCUUUGACCUCUCGCUGUGGGCCUGCAUCGCCGGCACCGUGCUGCUCGUGGGCAUCCUGGUGUACCUGCUCAACUGGCUGAACCCCCCGCGCCUGCCCAUGGGCGCCGUCUCCUCCACCACCCUGUACAACUCCAUGUGGUUCGUCUACGGCUCUUUCGUACAGCAAGGUGGAGAGGUGCCCUACACCACCCUGGCCACCAGGAUGAUGAUGGGGGUGUGGUGGAUGUUUGCCCUCAUCGUCAUCUCCUCCUACACGGCCAACCUGGCCGCGUUCCUUACCAUCACUCGCAUAGAGAACUCCAUCCAGUCUCUCCAGGACCUGUCGCGGCAGACAGACCUGCCGUACGGGACCGUGCUGGACUCUGCGGUCUACGACCAGGUGCGCUCCAAGGCCAUGAACCCCUUCGAGAGGGACCCCAUGUACUCUCAGAUGUGGCGCAUGAUAAAUCGCACGGGGGACAACAAUGUUGACGAGUCCAAGGAAGGAAUCCGCAAGGUUAAAUACGGACAUUUUGGCUUUGUGUGGGACGCGGCUGUGCUGGAGUAUGUGGCUGUGAACGAUGAGGACUGCUCUUUCUACACGGUGGCAAGCAACGCCCCCGACCGCGGCUACGGCAUCGCCAUGCAGCACGGGAGCCCCUACCGGGACGUCUUCUCUCAGAGAUAUCUUCUCUAGGAGGUAGGAGCUCCCAUCAUCCAUAUACCAUCAUCCCCAUACCACCAUCAUCA